AUGCAAUUCAAGAAUUUCCUCGCCGCCUGCAUCCUCGGGCUUGCAUCCCUCAGUUUUGCGGCUCCGGCGCCCGGUUCCAAGCCCGAUCUCAAUUUCUACCUGAAAGAAGUCAUGCCCGUCCAACUCCAGCGCAUCGAAGACUUCCGUUCUUAUUUCCCGCAUAUGACCCCAGAGCAGAACAAAUAUCUCGAUGAGCUCUCCGACAAAUUGACGAGCUUGGAUUUCAAAGGUCUUGGCAAACUCCUGGACGAGGGCGAAGCGAUCUUUAAAACCGAUGAACCGAUUAAGAACCCGGUCAACAAAACAACGGAAAAGCCGAAAAGGCAGGUUUACUAUCCGUGGUACAAAUCUCCUCGCUUCCAUAACUUUACGGCGUCGCUGCGACUAGUUGUCGUUCAUUAUCAAUGA